AUGGUUUCAUUUCUCACUCAGAUUUCACAGUUCUGGGGCGGAUGGGGGCUGCAGAUCGCGGUCUAUGUCAGCCUGGGCGCUCACAUCAUCCUCAUCUUCUUGGCGAGGAGCCGGCGGAACGGCACCAGCCGCUUGGCGACGGGGCUCCUGUGGCUGGCCUACCAGGCCGCGGAGGUCUCGGCGUUCUACGCCCUCGGCGACCUGUCCCUCUCCGGCUGCGACGACCCCGCGGCCUCGCGCCAGCAGCAGCUGGUCGCGUUCUGGGCGCCGUUCAUGCUGCUGCACCUGGGCGGCCCCGACAACGUCACCGCCUACGCCCUCGAGGACAACACGCUCUCCUGGCGCAAAGGGUUCGAGAUGGCCACGCAGUUCCUUUCCUCCUCCUUCACCCUGUACAAUUACGUGUAUCUCACUGGCAGCGGGGUUCUGCUCCCGGCCUCCGCCAUGAUGGCUGCUGCCGGUGUGGCCAGGUACCUCGAGAAGUCAUGCGCGUUGCUCCGAGGCGACCUGAGCAAGAUGAAGAAGAGCUCGAGGCGCCGCAUCACGGCCGAGCCGGAACCGGAGCCGGAGAAGAAGCCUUAUUAUUACGAGCUCAACUUGUUGUCAGCCGCAGGUGGAGGAGGAGAUAACGAGCGAGCCCUUGUGAAUGCUCACAAGCUAUUCCCCUGUUGCAAGCGCGCCAUGUUUGAUUCCUCGGUGGACAUGGAGAUGGACGCGGCCGAUCACUUCCCCAGCGAGAAGAUUUUCACGCUGGGGUGGGAGGAGAUGCGCGCCGUCGUCGAGAUGGAGCUCUCCCUCGUGUACGACAUCCUCUACACCAAGGCCGCCGUGAUCCACACCUGGCGCGGCUACCUCGUUCGCCUCGUCUCGCCCCUGCUCACCGGCGCCGGCGCGGUGCUCUUCGGCUGGUUCUACCCCAAGCACGACCUGGAGCCACGCGACGUCCGCUUCACCUACGUGAUGCUGGCGUCCGCCUUCCUCCUGGACGUGAUGUGGCUGCUGAGGGCCCUCGCCUCGUACUGGGCGUACCCGUACCUGAGGAAUCCUCGAUCAAUGGCGGCUUGGCUGCUCCCGCACGCGGUUCGGCACGGUGGGUGGGGCCCGUCGUGCUGCUGGCUCCACCGUGCCGUCGCGUGCCUGGACCCGUGCCGCUGGCUGUGUGGCAAGUAUCUGAGAAGCUACCGGAGGUGGUCCGGCGUCGCUGGGCGGUGGUACAACUUGCUGCACGAGUGCGCCGCCCGUGCCGGUGCAUCCCCGUCAGGCUGGUUGGAGAAGAAGAAGGAGCACCACCCGACGACUCAGCAGCAGGUGCCAGCAGCAGUAACGAGGAAGCAGAACACUACUACACCAUGA